UUUUCCCUCCUCUGAGCAUCUUGGGCGUAACAGUUACAUCCGCUAAACCAUACGUAAAUCUGCACAUGCGCUGUGCUGCCCCUCAGACAUUCCUUUUUAUGCUUAGCGUGGAACGACUAGCAUCAAACGAGCGUAAAGAUGCAGCUCUUCUUGCGUGGCCAGAACACUCACACCCUUGAGGUGACUGGACAGGAGACUGUUGGCCAGAUCAAGGCCCAUGCCCAAGCUCUGGAAGGACUCCUGGUUGAGGACCAGGUGCUGCUGCUUGCUGGCUGCCCACUGGAGGAUGAUGCCUCCCUGGCAACCUGCGGCGUGACUGAGCACUGCACCCUGGAGGUGGCUGGCAGGCUGCUGGGAGGUCAGUACUCGCAGUAUAAUGUUGAGUCUUGUGGAAGCAUGAGUGUGUUGUUUCUUCCAGUGCUGGAAAAAUUCUUUUCUCUUUGCUGCAGAAGUGUCUGUGCAAUUGUUUGUCAAAAACUAUCUCAAGAAGAUGAGAGAUUUUUGUUCUUUUUUUCCCAGGUUGACAAGCAGGAGAAGAAGAAAAAGAAGACCGGCCGUGCCAAGCGCCGCAUCCAGUACAACAGGCGUUUUGUGAACGUUGUGCCCACCUUCGGAAAGAAGAAGGGACCCAACGCCAACUCCUAAUCACUUCGAUGCUCUAAUGGAGAAAUGACACCAUCAUCAUCAGCUCUAGAGUCAUCAGUUUUUACCAAGUUGAAAGUUGUCUUGUACAGAAUAAAGGAUAUUUGACUUGG